CCUAUUAGGCAUAGCCCUGGAAAUGGAAGCGGCGGGAAAGCGGGUGGUGAUCGCGGAAGAGACGGAGGCCUGGAUGGAUCGAGCUAUAAACAUGGCGAAGGAAGCACUGGAAAAUGGUGAGGUGCCUGUUGGCUGUCUCAUGGUCUACAAUAAUGAGAUCAUAGGGAAAGGGAAGAAUGAAGUGAAUGAAACUAAAAAUGCUACUCGCCAUGCAGAAAUGGUGGCAAUUGACGAGGUGAUAGACUGGUGUCGUCAGCAAAAGGAAGACCCUGAGGAAGUAUUUCAGCAUACAGUAUUAUAUGUUACUGUAGAACCCUGUAUAAUGUGUGCAGCUGCCCUGCGCAUGAUGAAAAUCCCACUUGUUGUAUAUGGCUGCCAAAAUGAACGGUUUGGAGGCUGUUGCUCUGUUUUGGACAUCUCUUCUGCUAUCUUAACAAACACAGGAGAAACAUUUCAGUGCAUAGCUGGUUAUCGAUCAGAAGAAGCUGUGGCAAUGUUGAAAACAUUCUACAGACAAGAAAACCCAAAUGCACCGAAAUCAAAAGUUCGAAAAAAGGAAUGCAUUAAGUGAUUAGCUGUUGUGGAAGCUACACAGCCUUGGAAGAGUAACAAAUCACCCAUUAUGUGAUGCUUUCUUUCCCUUGGCUAGUCAGCACUAAGAUGUAGAGAAGGUCAUUUCUGUUUCUUUGUAGGAUAUCAUAAUGUUUCAUUUAAAAGUGUUAAUGAUAUUAAAUAAUCAAAAAAGAAAA